AGUUACAAAUUAAUUUAACUAAAUACAGAAAUAAACAUUUGUUACCUCGCAGUCAUAGGAUACUGGUAGAUCCCUCUAUCUGGUGGACACCACUAAGGAAAUCUCUGGUAGAUCCAGGACAUCAACAAUGGAGUGCAGUCGGCGAUGUCCGUGACGCCCCACUGUGCCGCCGAACCAAGGUUCUGAAAACCGGACCGGACCGGCCGGUCGAACCGAUUCAACUGGGAACCAACAGUGCAAGCGGUCCGGUCCUCCCUUUAUAACUGUUCGACAGAAAACGGUGGAAAACUGGCAAACCGGCCGAGAACCGGUUGGUUGGACCGGACCGGUAACCAGCCGGUUCGGAUAAAACGGCACCGUUUUUAAACUUGUAAAAAAAAAAAAAAAGAAAUGGAUCCACCGAUCCAGUGAUCCCUCGUGACCCAAGCCCCCCUUCUUUCCCCAAUCAUUCCUUCAUCCAUAUUCUGGAGAACUCUGAAUGAAAGAAACCCUAGCCGCGUUGCCCUCCGCUAGCCCUCCAUCGUCGCCGCCUAACCCAGCUCCUCAGCGUCGCCGUCUAACCCAGCUCCUCUUCGGCUCUUCAUCUUUGCUGGCUUCUCGGCACGGACCCAGGUUUAUCUUAGACACUUUGAGUUGCAUUGCGGAACACAUCCAUGCACAAAGAUACUGGAGGUAUUACAAGCAACCUGCUUGGAGGUUUAUCCAACUGUCUUAGGAGAUGCAUAUUUGGUAUAUUAUCUAUGGGUCCUAUGCCACAUCAUAUUGCUUUUAUCAUGGAUGGGAAUCGAAGGUUUGCAAAGAAGAGUAACUUGGCUGAAGGGAUUGGUCAUAAGGCUGGAUUUCCAUCACUCAUUUCCAUGCUUAGGUAUUGUUAUGAAUUAGGAGUAAAGUAUGUAACUGUCUAUGCAUUCAGCAUCGAUAACUUCAAAAGAAAGCCCAAUGAGGUGCAAUCCUUGAUGGAAUUGAUGUGAGAAAAGAUUGAGGAGUUGCUUCAAGAUGAAAGCGUUAUCAAUGAAUACGAUGUUAAACUACAUUUUAUUGGAAACUUGCAGUUAUUGGCUGAACCUGUGAGGAUUUCAAUGGAAAAGGCAAUGAAGGUCACUGCUCACAACAAACAGAGAGUAUUGUUAGUUUGUGUAGCCU